UAAGUUAUCAGUUUGAAUGGAAGUAUUCCAUUGAAAUCUGAUAAAUCGAUAGUCAUCGAAAGAAAUAAUCAAAAAUUUAUGAUACAUAAAUAGCUGUAACAGAAGCACUGGAUGAUUUUAGAUUUGUUAUUGAGAUUUUGGCGAAUCGAAAUGAAGUUCUAUUCAAUUCUGCUCAUUUUCGCACUGAGUUAUUCAUACUCUCUGGCUUCUCCAUUAAUCAAAGAUGAUUUACCAUUGGCCAAGCCUUGCGACCAGAAAAAAUGUGAAUUGCCUGAUUGCAGAUGCUCCUCAAGUGAGAUACCUGGAGGAUUGAGCAGAGACAAAACGCCGCAGUUCGUAUUCUUAACCUUUGACGACGCUAUCAGAAGUGAUAACUACCAGUUGUAUGUAGAUGCUUUUUACGGUAGGAAAAAAAAUCCUGAUGGUUGUAACGUGAGCGCCACCCUUUUCGUAUCUCACGAUUAUACCAUUUAUCCCAAACUUCAUGAUUUGUACGAGAAUGGAUUCGAAGUUGCAUUACAUUCCAUUACCCACGAUCCUAACACAACCAAAUGGCAGCAAGCUUCUGUUGCAGAGCUGACUGAUGAAUUUGAUGGCCAACGCCAGAUCAUCAAUAAGUUCGCCAAAAUACCUAACAGUGACAUUCAUGGAAUGAGAGUACCAUUCCUACAGCUAUCCGGAAACAACAGUUUCGAAGUAAUUAAACAAAUGGGUUUGGAAUACGAUUGCUCUUGGCCGAGUAGAUCCUAUGUCGAUCCAGGACUAUGGCCUUAUACUCUGGACUACAAAUCACAUCAAGACUGCCCCAUUGGACCCUGUCCAACUGCUUCCCUCCCAGGGGUUUGGGUAGUUCCAAUGCUCGACUUAUUUGAUCAGAAGAAAGUUCCAUGUGCUAUGGUCGAUCAAUGUACCAACAUCCCAUCGGAUGCUGCCAAUAUAACAGAAUGGAUAAUCCAAAAUUUCAAUACUAAUUACAAAAACAACAAAGCACCAUUUGGAUUUUAUGUUCAUGCUACUUGGCUAUCGAUCAAAAAAGAGCAUAACGAGGCAUACAAGAAGUUCAUAGACUAUUUGCAAUCUCUACCUGAUGUUUACAUUGUGGGGAUCCACCGAGCUCUAGAGUGGGUAAAAAAUCCUGUACCAAUUGGAUCUCCUGAUUGGCCAGCUUGUCCUACAGUCACUAAGUCGGCCUGUGAGGAUAUAUUCUGCACUUAUACCCGGGAAGAUGAGAGUGAGAUAUUAAUGCAUAUAUGUGCAGAUGCUGGAUGUCCAGACAAAUUCCCAACUCCUGGCAAUCCUCUAGGAAACUGAAAAUAUACGAUACAUGAAAUGUUUCUCUGCUUGUUAGGAAACUAAUAGCAAAGAAAAACCAUUUCUUAGGAUACAAGAAUCUAUGUUAGUUAUAUUAAAAAAAUAAAUGUUAAAUUUUU